AUAAAUAUUAAAUUGUUUAAAAUGUAUAGGAUUAAUAUGAAAAUGAAUAAAAUGAAAUGAUUCCUAGUUAAAUUGAGAAUGUGAGAGUGAGGGAUUGAUCCGGAAGGAAAGGAAUGGGCUUGGUGAAAAGGAGGGUAUAUAAAGAACAUCGAUCCAAGAACAAGAGGAAGAACAUCGUUAAUCGAUAAUGGCGCUGCUCUGCUGGAGGCUAUGAUGGAGGGUCUUCAGGUUCUCACUCUGGAGGAUGUUGUCUCUGAAGCCGACAUCUUCGUGAUCACCACCGGGAUCAAGGACAUCAUCACGGUGAGCCACAUGAAGAAAAUGAAGAACAACGCGAUCGUGUGCAACAUUGGGCUUGAGAACUACCCUGGUGUGAAGCGCAUCAGUAUUAAGCCUCAAACCGACAGAUGGGUUUUCCCCGAGACGAAGACAGGCAUCAUUGUGUUGGCCGAGGGUCGUCUGAUGAACUUGGGGUGUGCGACGGGCCACCCCUGCUCCUUCACCAAUCAGGUCAUCGCUCAGCUUGAGCUGUGGAAGGAGAAGGGUACUGGCAAGUACGAAAACAAGGUUUAUGUUUUGCCCAAACAGCUUGAUGAGAAAGUUGCUGCCCUCCACCUUGGCCAGCUAGGAGAUAAGCUCACCAAGCUCACCAAAGAUCAGGCUGAUUACAUCAGUGUCCCUGUUGAGGGUCCAUACAAGCCUGCUCAUUACAGAUACUGAUCAGAGGGACAAUCAAGACAAUCAUCCUUUUUCAAAUUUCUGCUAGAAUAGGAGCUUCUUUGUAUUUUUCUUUUCCUAGGAUCACAAUACGACCAAAUGGGUCUGCUGCGGCUGUGUGUGUUAUGAUUUAGCAGCUACCAUAUUUAUUCUAGUCCAUCCUUCCUAUUCGAAACAGAAUAUGCAAAAAUUCA